GGAUCGCAAGUGCCUCCUGCUGACGUUGGAGAGACUUGGUUGACGUAGAAAGUUUCAGCAGUUUCCAGGGGAGAAUUUGCACUGAAAAUGAGUUGUGUUUGAACAAGAAACAAACAAGCAUUUAUAAGCAGGCAGAAAGCUUGCGCGGUUCGCGUAACGCGGCUGGUGUACUGUGCAACCUCGGAAUUCUGCCAACCGCGGAAUUCUGGCAACCGCGGAAACGGAUUUCGGUAACCGACACCAAGUCCGAAACCGACCCCGAGUUCGGUUCUCCGGAAUUCAGCUGAACGCGCUCCGGGUCUGUGUUGGAGAAUUUUCGUACAGCUUGUUUCUCCCGCUGGUCUUGGCUGGAGUUUCCUGCAAGGCAACAGAAAGCAGAUCUACCGUUUCCCCGCACGCACGCAUCACCUAGAGCAACCUCAAGCACCUUAUUUUCUUAGGUUUUCUUCUACCGAUUUCUUCAAUUUCUUCCUUGCUGAUUUUCCUAGCUCCACCGCUGUUCCGCCACUUCCGCCACUGCAGUUAGGAUUCCCGUUUUUCUUCCCGUCGUCAUUCUUUCCCUUGUCAUCCGCCUUGCUAUUUCAACACCACUUUCCUUGGAACGAGAUGGGCGGUCCUCACACCGUCCUAGCAUCGCCGCAUCCUCGUUAGGCAUAGGAAUAGGACGGUAGGGCAGUGGCGAACCACCCUAACAACCUCCCCUGUGGUUCGCUAGCUGUCCCAUUUGGAUGCUCCCGUGGUCACCAUGUGACCUAAUUUCGUCAUCAUUUCUCGUCCGCGUUCUUCACUCGGGAUUGUGGCCUUCAUUACUGCUCCGCUACUCCCCUGCAAGUUAUUGAAGGUACGAAUACCAACAAGGUCCUUGCAAUGCUCAUGAUUCGCUUUUGGCAGCACCUUAGUAAGGAAGUCCGCGAGCUGCUCUUCUGUCCGUACGUGUACGAACUUGAAUGUCUUUUUCUGCAGCAUCUCUCGCACCCAAUGAUACUUGACGUCCAUGUGUUUUGUUCGUCCGUGCCAGUUGUCGUUCCUUGCAAGGUCGAUGGCUGAUUGGCUGUCCGAUUUGAUUGUUGUAGGACCGUUGAUGUUGAUCCCCAUCUCUUGCAGUAGACGUCUCAGCCACACACCCUCUUGGCAUGCAUAAAAUAGCGCCAUAUAUUCAGCUUCUGCGCUUGAAAGGGCGAUGUCGGUCAGCUUCUUUGCUUGCCACAUGAUGGCCGUUCCUCCAAGAAGGUAGACGUAACCAUAGGCUCCCCUCCUCGUCUCUUUAUCCGAUGCAUGUGAGGCAUCGGCAUAACCAACAAGUUCUAGGGUUUCCUCUCCUCCCUCAAACAGAAGUCCCUCUUCUUCUCGUUGCAAGAGGUAAGCAAUGGUCCGUUCCAUCUCCUUCCAUUUGCGUCCUUCGGGUUGCAACACAUUUUGCCCAAGGAAACUUGCUGCAUAUGCCAUAUCCACGCGUGUGCAGGAGACGGGAUACAUGACGGAGCCCACCAUAGAUUGGUAAGCCUUCAGUGCUCGUUCCUGGCUGCCCCAUGUCUCAAUCUCUGCCUUCACAUCCACUUCUUUGUGUGCAAGGCUGCUGAGAGGUGUUGACACCACUUUUGAUGUGCCGUGCCCUCCAAACUUCUCCCGCAACCUUUGGCAGUAUUUCUUUUGGUAUAGCAGCAACUUCUUCUCCUCCUUAUUCCGCUCCAGAUUCAUCCCAAGGAAGAGAGAUGCUCUUGGGAUCUUCUUCACUUGGAAUACUGCUGCAAGGGACCGGUCAACGCUUCUUCAACUGUGAUUGGCUCGGAGGGCAGGUUGUAUGCCUUCCUCCUUUCCUUGGAGACAAGUGCGGUUGCCGACAUGGUGAGUAGAAGGUGAGUAUGAACAUCCUUCCAUGGUGUCAUGAGGAUUUGGGCAUACCGGGGAGUGGGUUUCUUUACCCGUUUCCCUCUGCCCAAUUCUUCUUUCCUCUUUUCAGCUCCACCCAUUUGGGCCACAGCUCCAUUGUUUAGCCCUUGCUCCACAGAGUCUUCAUCAAGUUCCCGUCCGAUGAGUAUAGCGCCUUCCUCAAGUAGGCCUUCAAUUUCUGCUGCUGCCUUGUCAUUGCUUUUUGAAUUGAUCAGCUUCCACGGGUUGGUGUGGUCCGAGCUUGUAGUGUCAUCCACUUCUUCCUCUCCAUCAUGCCCAUGCUGAUUUUUUGCUUCAUCUUGGUCAGCACACUCUCCAUGGAUCCCACCAGUUCUUUCCUUUUCCUGGUUGCGCUCCCUUUCAUCCUCUGGUUCCUUGGGUGGUGCUAGCUGCUCCGGGACCUCCCACACCCAAUCCACCCCUGCAGUUGGGUAGUCGUCGUAGUCUUCAUCUUCCGUGUAAUCAUUUGCUGCCCCAAUUCCUUCCUUGCCAUUCACUUCCGUCAUCUCCUCCACCGGAGAUGGUGCUGCUGCUGUCGGUUCCUUUGUUGCUCUUUUGUUCUCAGCUGCAGCCCCCGUCUUCCUUCCCUUCCACUCCAAAUAGGUGUCAAGCUCGUAGAAGGUGACAUCUCUGGUUGCCGUCACCUUGCCUGUCUCCACAUCCCUUAUAAUCCAACCUUUGCUCUCUGGGCAGAUUCCCAAGUAGAUCCCCCACUUGGUUCGAGGUAGGAGCUUGUGGUCGGGUCCCGCCGGCUCCCGGUACUGCACCAUGCAGCCCCAUACACGUAAGAACUCCAGGUUUGGCUUGCGCUCGUAGAACGCCUCGUGGGGUGUGAUGUCGGCUACAAGUCCCUUAGUCGGUAGUCGAUUUUUCAGCCAACAUGCCAUGCCGAGUGCGUCACCCCAAUAGUGUAAAGGCAGUCCGCUAUCCGCCAGCAUGCUUCUUACACUUUCCAGUAGAGAUCGGUUCAACCGCUCUGCUAUGCUGUUGUGUUGAGGAGUGUGCGGCACUGUUAGUUGCCGCCGAAUGCCCUUUGACUUCAAGUAGCUCUUAAAAUCUUGAUUGAUGAACUCGCCACCAUUGUCUGUCCUUAGUACUUUUAGUUUCCUUCCGCUUUGCCUUUCCGCUUCAGCCUUCCAGUCGAGGAAGCUUGCGAACACUUCAGAUUUGUUCUUGAUCUCCGUCACCCACGUGUGUCGUGUGCCAAGGUCGGUGAAGGUAACAAAAUACUUGCUGCCAUGUCGGGAAGCCACCCUCAUAGGCCCACAAACGUCGGCAGCCACGAUGUCAAGUAUGUUGUAUGGCUCCCGAACCUCAUGCUUAGGGUGAGAAGUCUUGGUAGCCUUUCCUUCCACGCAGGAGGUGCAACUCAGCUCUUUUUCUGUAUCCUCUGUCACCUUCACUCCCACUGCCAUGUUUUUCUUGAUCAACUCCUUGAUGCGCGUAUGCCCAGCGUGCCCCAGCCUUCGGUGCAGCAGGUUGACGUCCACUGGUGUCACCGUUGCUACCUUGGGAGGAGCUUGCUGCUGGAGUUCUUUGAUGGGCGUCUUCUCUAUCAUGGUACGAAGCUCGUCCCUUGCUGUCUUCCCUUCCUCCGGUUCAGCAAGGUAUGUAGAUCUUGCACCAUCUUUCUGCUUCUCAUGUAGCUUCAUCUCGUACAGCCCUUGCUUGCGUGCGCCUUCCGCUAGCACCUUCCAGUCAGGGCCGAACACCCAUAGGCGCCCCUUGUCACUGUAGGUCUUGCAUCCGCUGUUGUCCAGCUGUGAUUGACUCAGUAGAUUCAGAGUCAAUCGGUCCACCAGCAACACGUUGUCCAACUUUAACUCUCCAUAUGCCCCUUGUAACACCAUAUCUCCUUCUCCUUUCACUGGAAGCUGCCCUUCAUCUCCCAGCAGCACAUAUGGGACCGUAGAAGCUCUGAAAUCUUGCAGCCAACCUUCUUGAUUGGUCAUGUGUUGGGUACAUCCACUGUCCAUGUACCACUCCUGUCCCUUCAGCCCUGUUGCUAGCAGGCACGCUCCAGAAGCACGUGCAACAUUGGCCUUGUGUGCACCUCCAAGAAUCACGUCUUCAUCGCCGUUGUUCGCCUCUGCAAUGUUGGCUUUUGCAGGUGAAUGAGGUUUGUACUGCUGCUGUCCACCCCUGUAGUUUUUGCUUGUAGGGUUGGAGUAGCAGUAGAUUGCCUUGUGGCCAUACUUGUGGCAAUAGUUGCACGUUCCAGCAAACCCGCUUCGCAGCCGUUGUCCAUCUCCACUUGCUCCUUCGCUGGUUCCUUGUCCGGUUGCUCCCAUCCCUUUGAAAUUCUUGCUCCUUGGGUUGGAGUAGCAAUCGGCAGCUUUGUGGCCCUUCUUUCCACACUGGAAACAUGGCCCAAAUGUCCUUGUUGUCCCGGUUGCAUUCAGAAGUGCAGGUUUGUCACUGCUGGAAUUUUCAGCCAUGACAUCCUUGCGCUCAUCGUCCGCUCGGAUCAGCUCCAACUGCUGUAAGUCAUCCAAGAGGUCAGUCAAGUCCGUGGGAUGACGGCAAGUCAGGGUGCCCUUUUCAGAUGCCCAAUCCCUUGGCAGGCCACUGAUAAUAUAGCUCAUCAUUUGCCUCUCUGUUUCUGGCACGCCCAUUGCUGUCAAAUCGUCGUUGUAACCUCGUGCUCGAGUCACAUAGUCCACCACGGUCUCUGAUGGCUCCUUGCGUAGCAAUAGAAGUUUCUUCCUAGUAGCAGCCAUCUUUGCCUCACUCUUCCCCAUGUAUAUUUUUUCCAUGAAGAGCCAUGCGUUCUCUGCUGCAUUUUCUUCUUCAGCAAACUUGUCCAACCCUCCAGCAAUGCCAUCGGAAACUGAGUGACAGAGUUGGAAGAAAGCUUGCAAACACCGUUUCUUGUAUGCCUUCUUCUCUUGUGCUGUUUCAGGCGGAGGACCAUCUUCCUCCGUCGCUGCCGAAGGGUGGUAGAGAUGCCACAGCCCCACCUCCCUUGCACGCCUCAUGAACUUCAGCCUCCAAGUGCCGUAGUUCGCUCCAUUGAAGCGUUGCGCUUCACUCAGGCCAAUCGUCGGUUUGGCCACCACAUGCCCUUGAGCAAGAGCAUCCAGGAGACUCUGCAUUUGAGAGCUGCCAGGGUUCACGGAUGACCCUGAACUAGCCUCAGCAUCUCCAUUCCCCAUGGCUCCAGCUCUCCCUUUGCCUCUGCAAGGAACUCAGGACCUCCACAGCUCCAACGCCCUUAUAGUGAGGCGUAAUGUGACUAUAACGAGGCUCUGAUACCAGCUAUAGGAUCGCAAGUGCCUCCUGCUGACGUUGGAGAGACUUGGUUGACGUAGAAAGUUUCAGCAGUUUCCAGGGGAGAAUUUGCACUGAAAAUGAGUUAGCAACCUCAAGCACCUUAUUUUCUUAGGUUUUCUUCUACCGAUUUCUUCAAUUUCUUCCUUGCUGAUUUUCCUAGCUCCACCGCUGUUCCGCCACUUCCGCCACUGCAGUUAGGAUUCCCGUUUUUCUUCCCGUCGUCAUUCUUUCCCUUGUCAUCCGCCUUGCUAUUUCAACACCACUUUCCUUGGAACGAGAUGGGCGGUCCUCACACCGUCCUAGCAUCGCCGCAUCCUCGUUAGGCAUAGGAAUAGGACGGUAGGGCAGUGGCGAACCACCCUAACAACUGGGACGGUCGAGGGGCCGGCUGGGACGGUCGCGUGGCCGGCUGGGACGGUCGCGGGGCCGGCUGGGACGGUCGCGUGGCCGGCUGGGACGAUCGCG